UGUUCAUCAUUUUAACCUAAAAAUACUUUUGUAGUUUUACUUGAGGCGCUUUUUUUUUGCAGCUGCGUCUCGUAUUUCCAUAAUGACCAACAACGAAUCAGAGUCCGCUAGCUCGAGUCGAGCAAGCGGCAGCGCUUCAACAUCUGCCAACAAAGUGGAAAUUACAGAGAAAGUGCGAGUUCUUUGCCUGCACGGAUACCGGCAAGAUGCGGACUCAUUUAAAAGUAAACUUGGCUCCUUUCGCAAAUUCGUCGGUAAAUACGCCGAGUUUGUGUUUAUAUCUGCCCCGCACGUAGCAGCGCCCUUGGACCCAUCGACAGAGCCGGUGGAGCAGCAGCGCAGUUGGUGGGCCAACAAAGAUGAUGGCACAUUUAAGGGUACCAAUAGAAGUGGUCCGGCAUUAGGCUUCCAAGAGAGUUUACGCUACGUCGAAGAUGUCUGGAAGACACAGGGGCCCUUUCAAGGACUUCUAGGUUUCUCGCAAGGCGCUUGCUUUGUGGGACUCAUAUGUGGUCUAGCCAAAAAGAAAUUGACCUCCAUUCGACCUGAAUUCGCUGUCCUCAGCUCUGGCUUCAUUUCUGGUAGCUUGGUGCAUAUGAGCGCAUACGAAGAACGCAUCACAAUCCCCACUUUACACAUUUAUGGCUUGACAGACGAAAUCAUUCCCAAAGAGAUGAGCGAAUCACUAGCAGCUCACUUCAGAAAUGUGGAAGUGCUCGAGCAUAGCGGCGGCCAUUAUUUCCCAGCAACGGCACAGCAGAAACAGACGUACAUCAACUUCUUCCAGGACAGGUUGCAAGAGUACUUGGAGCACUUGGAGCUGCAGCAGAGCAGCAACGCCUCGUUCAUAGAUAGCGCCGAGGAGGACGAUGGAACGGCGACGGAUGCCAACGAUGCAGAAGUGGCCGCUGUGACGGCAGCCGCCGGAUCGGGAAUGGAUGAUAGUGAUUAGUAAUGUAGAUUUUUUUCUUUUUAAUAAUAAUUAAAUCUUAUUAUUACAAUAAUAAUAAUAAUCAUAAUUUGAUUAUAAAUUAUAAUAAAUUUAAAUCCCAAUAUUUUAAAUAUUCACCAUUUGCUCAAUUAUCAAUUGUUAUAAGCUAUUUCAAUUGUGACUUUCAUUUCAUAAAUUUCCAUUUAAAUUUUGUGUAGUAUCUAUUUUCUCUUAGACAAAUUCGUACAAAUUCC